GACCGUCUGCUGCUACCGUGACAAGUUUUUGGUGUCGUAUAAGAAUUUUGAAUGAAAAUAAUAUCCGCUGUGCGGACACAAGUGGUGCGAAGUGCGAAUGCAAAUUGCGUUCACUUAAAUGUGCUAAUAGUUUUAACCAUUCAGUAACCAACGAAAAGCUAUAUUUUUAGUGCGUCAUUUUGCGCGCGUAUCCGUUUCCAUGACGAUACAUUUCUAGCAGAUGAAAUGCCUUCGUUUGUGCGUCCCAAAGGCUCGAAUCCUAGCAGGAGUCCAGCUGUCACCCCAAUGUCUGAAAGACAACAAUUGGCGCUUCUGAUGCAAAUGACUUCUCCAAAUACUGAUGCUGGCUCCAGGAGUCCAUCAAGCGCUAGAUCAAGGGACAGAAAUGAGAGAGGUGAGACGCCCUUGCACCUGGCUGCAAUCAAAGGGGAUGUGGAGCAAGUAUCCAGGUUGCUGGGACACAGGGCUGAUCCAAAUGUAGCUGACUUUGCAGGUUGGACACCUUUGCACGAAGCUUGCAACCAUGGUUGGUAUGAAGUUGCCUUUCGCUUAGUCCAGGCUGGAGCCAGUGUCAAUGCAAAAGGACUGGACAAUGAGACACCAUUGCACGAUGCAGCUAUUAAUGGACAUAUGAAGUUGGUGAAGUUGCUUGUGGAAAAGGGUGCUGAUGUCCAUGCAAAGAACGCCAAGGGCAAAACACCUGUGGAUGUAGCCGCUCCUGCUGUUGUAUCUCUCCUCAAUCCGUCGAUGCCUGUAAAUGAAUCGAGUGUUUCGUCGCGUUUGCAGCCUCGUUCGAGGGAUGAGAAAAAAGUUACAGACGCAAGCAAUAAAAAGCAAUCCGGCGACGAAACCAUGGAGGGACCAAAACCUAAUGAAGAUGUGUACGAAUUCAAGGCGGCUAAAGAGACCGAAUCUCCUGAUCAUGCUAAGUCAUCAGUUGACGGUGAUCAAGAAAACGUAGAAUCUGCCGAUCAGCCGCCCGGUUCUAAUCAGAAUCAAACCGAUGAUAAUAAGAGGAGUUUCAAUGAGAUGAAUGAGCCUCUGGAGGAAACGGAUGAAGAGAAUAAAAGGAAAAAAAGGAAAGAGGAUGUUAAUAAAGACAGCAACAUCAAGGGAGGAAAUCAGCAGAGGACAGCCGCUCAAAAUAAAGGGCAGAACAGUAAAGCUGCAUCGGGGAACAAAGCGGGAGCCGUGAAUGUGAGUAAAACUGCGGAUAGAAAGAGUCCUGUGGAUAGUCCGAAACCGGCGAAUGCUAGUAGCGAUGCCGAAUUGGAGGAUGGGAAAACUGAUCUGAAGGUUCCACCGUUAAAGAUUGUAAUUCCGCAAAGUACAGCCAGUGAGCAGGAAUCAGGGCAGAGCAGGAAUGGAAAAAGCAGUUCUCAGAGAUCACAUCAAGCUUUGCCGUACGUCGUACCUAGCAACAGCGAAGGAGAGAAAGAAGGAAACAGCGGCAACAACAGCCCCACGGACGCCGGCGGCAACAAAGAGGACAAAAAAGAAGGGAACGUCGGUAAUGGAGGAGAUGACCAGCGAACAAGUGGUCAUCAUCAACGAGUGUUGCGCAGCUCGCAUCGUUCCGGUACGCAGGGGAGUGCAGACAGAAGCAGCAACAAUUCCAGUCCGCAGUUGCAACGAUCCCAUUCCCCAUCACCUUCCGCAUCCCCUGCAGCAACUUCAACAGCCAGUGCUACCAACGUGAAUAAUGAUUUACCGGUUACCAAUAGUGGUGCGCAGUCAGGUUCUUCAGCUACUUCUGCAAAAUCCUCUGACAUACAGCAACCCUCUGCUAACAGCGACACGGAACCUUCAACUUCUUCAGGCGGUUCGUCGUCAACAACGGCGGCUUCAACCCCCGCUCCAGUUGAACUGCAUCCUCGAAAAAGGAAGAUGAGACCCAACAAAGAUGCCUCCAUAGUAGCCCAAAGUCAUGACCCCCCAGAACAACCCGCAAUAUCCGAAGUACAUCCCCAUGAACAACCCAUCACAAAUUGCUACCAAUUAUUUCUGAACAUUCGUACACAGAUUGCUAGAAGGAGGAAGGGUCUAUUUCCUGUGCAGCCUAAGCCGCCCCAGGGAUUUAAGGAUUAUUUAAUGAAUCGCUGCACUUACGUUUUAGCUGGUACCUCGCCGACAUCUCCGAACAUAACGUACCCUAUUAGUCUCCAAGCUCAGUUAAAAGAUCUUUUUGGUGAGCAGGAGAAAGAAAGAUACAAACUACGAAUGCAGCACGUAAUCGAGAAGGAAAAGUUAGUGCUAAGUGUGGAGCAGGAGAUUCUGCGGGUGCACGGACGAGCCGCCAGAGCUCUGGCUAAUCAAGCACUGCCGUUUUCUGUCUGCACCAUUUUGAAGGACGAAGAAGUUUAUAAUUUGAUUACUCCAGAGCAGGAAGAGAAAGAUCGUAAUGCUAGAUCACGUUAUAACGGACGGCUUUUCCUUAGUUGGUUACAAGAUGUUGAUGACAAAUGGGAGAAGAUUAAAGAACAUAUGUUGUUAAGACAUCACAACGAAGCUGAAUCGUUGUACGCAGUACAGAAGAUGGAUUGGGAAUGGAAAAUGAAGGAGCUAUCAUUAUGCGACGCGAAAACAGUACCCAAGAUUGAAGAAACGCACGUUCCGAUGGUGCACGUUAGCGACGAUUUUGAUCUCUUACCUGCUUAAAUGGUGUUUAACUUUAUACAUACUGAAUAUGUAUAUAACAAUAAGAAAGAAAGUGAUAUAGUCUAAUAUAAUGUAUAUU